GCGCUUCGGCCGUGGAUCAAGCCGAAAAAGCAUGGAAAAAACGCUACUUCAGCGAUGUGAACUUCCCGGAAUGGACCAAAAGUCAAACCCCCAUCACCACGCCCCUUGUUUUGCCUGAGGAGCCCAAUGAUCGUCGCUACGGAUCAGAAACCCGGACCACGUGUCUCAAGUGCCCGAAAGUGUUCUCGGUCCCAUCCCAAAACCUGGAUCUGGUGGCUCACAUGACCAUGGAGCACUUUAUCAUCGUUGACGAACCGCAUUUGAUCUCGGACAUUCCCGCCUAUUUGGACUAUUACCGCCGAAAGCUGGAACACACGCCCAUCGGAGAUUUCGCCUUCCCGCAUCAUGUGAAGGUCACGAGCAAGGACAAAGGUCAGAAUGUGGAGGGCGACAUCUUCAUCUUGUGCGAUCGAAGGCCUGAGGACCGGGAGCUGCGGAUUCAGCUCCAAAUGAAGCGAUUGGAACAGGUCCUUGAGGUGCAGGAGAAGGAACGCUCAGACCCGACCUUCAACCGAUGCUGUCUGUUUUGUCGUCACGUGUUCCAAAGAGAACCGGCCGAAUUGUUCAAUCACUUGGCCUUUGAUCACAACUUCAGCGUGGGCCAACCUCAUAAUUUGGUGUUUGUCGAUGAGUUGUUGGAUCUUUUGGAGAAGCGGAUGGAGGAAAUGAUGUGCGUGUUCUGCGAGAAGACCUUCAAGACCAGGGAGGUCUUGAAAGAGCAUAUGCGUAAGAAAGGUCACAAGAAGAUCAAUCCCAAGAACUCGCUCUACGACCGCUUUUACAUCGUGAACUACCUCGAGUUUGGCAAGAAUUGGGAGGCCGUGUCCAAGGAGCCGGAUUUUGAUGACGAUCCGGAGGAGCUGCCCAAUGGGUUUGAUUCGGAUGAGAAUGAGGACGAGAACGAUUGGAGCGAUUGGCGAGGAGACCUUCAAGGCGCCGUGUGUCUCUUCUGUUCGGUGAAUUACACGGAUAUCGACAAUCUCCUCACCCACAUGACGUCCAUCCACGACUUUGACUUCCAACACAUCCGCAAUACGCUCAAGUUGAGCUUCUACCAACAAGUGAAGCUCAUCAAUUACAUCCGCCGUCAAGUCCAUUUGCAUGCCUGUCUUUUUUGUGGCGACAAAUUCGGCUCCAAAGAGGAGAUGGUGGAGCACCUCACUGUGAAGGAGCACUUCAAGAUCCCCGAGGAUACGGAGAUGUGGGACCAGCCCGAAUAUUUCUUCCCCACCUAUGAAAACGACAACUUCCUACAUUUCCUAGAUGAUGUUGAGAUGUUUGACAAAGGAUCGGCGGGCGAAGCGAAGGAUGUGACCAUCUAUCCGGAGGACAUCCAAGUCAAAGAGUCCAUUCUCGAGGCUCCCGAAUUCCGGGAGUCCAUUUGUCCUCGACGCAGUCACGGCAAAAGAAUGAAUUACAAUAAAUGACUUAGAAAAUGGA